AUGUGCAUGGAGAUCUCCAUCGAGAUGGCGGGCUUCGGGCAGCACUUCGCCUGCCACUUGGACCUCGGGGCCUUGGAGCUGCAGCUCACCGCCAUCCAGGGGGUCCUCCAGAUCUUGGAGCACGCCAAGCGCGCCUCCAGGCCUGGGGAUCGCAAGUACUUCAAGAAGCAAAUGAACGAGGUGGAGCGUCUGCGGCAAGGAGCCUUUACUGACUCAAUCCUGGAAGCCCCGCAAGAGAUCGACGAGGACCUCAUGAAGAUGGACAAACUCUUCGACGAGCUGCUGGCUCCCCUGCCGGACACAAAGCCGGCGUUGCCUCCGGCAGGCAAGCUACAGGAGGAUACGUGUUCCAGCACCGGUAGUGAUCUCGUCUCCUGCUCCUCCAGCGAGCCCAGCGCAGAUGGCGCGGUGAAAGAUGUGGGGCAUCGGAAAGGAGAGAAGCCGCAAAGCCCGCAAAGCGAUCUGAUAUCGCCGACUUUGAAGCCAGCUCUUCGUUCCUGGGCUCCUUCUUUCGCCAAAUUCCGAUGUGAUUGGAGCCUUUUUCACAGAGGCGAGGUCCGAAUGCACCAAGUGGCGCCGUGCCCGUGCCCCUCGGGCCAUAGUCUGGCUGCCUUUGCAUGA